AUGGAAAACCUAACUCAGCCGGAGGAUAACUCUAGCGCCGUUUUGGAUUUUGACGAAUUGGAGUUGAAACUCUCAAGAUGUCGUACCCAAAUUAAUUCAAAGCUAGACAAUCAGAGGAAUCUUGCUUUGAUUCUUUCUGCAGUUGAAGAGAACAUUGUGAAUCAGGGCAACAAUAAGACCCCUAUUGCAUACUUUGUGUCAUUUCUUGCAUUGUUGGAUCAGUCUGUUAGCAGAGAUGCUGUUGUUGAAGAAAAAGUUGCAACUGCAGCAGCAUAUUUCCUCGAUAUCACUGUACCAUUCACAGCCAAAUCUCUCUUGAGACAAGAAUUCUCCGCAAUCUUGACUAAACUCGCUCCCAUAUUGACAAAUCAAAAUGUUGAAGCGCUGCUCAUAAAGUCUUCUAUUGGAGCUCUAGAGGGCUUGAUAAUUGCACAAGACAGUCAACAAUGGUUGAACACGAGUAAUGUGUCGCCAAAGCGUGCCAUUCUUGGUAUGCUUGAAUUGUCUUUCGAUCCACGUCCUAAAGUCAGAAAGAGAGCUCAAGACGCAAUUCAAAGAAUCUUGAGCACACCUCCUGCCUCUCCUUCACCUGUGCACCCUGCUGCUAACCUUUGCGCCGAAAUAGCAUGUAAGAAAUUGGCAUCAUUAUUGCAGCUGAGAAGUGGUUCCAAAAAAUCUCAAAAGAACAAGGAGCACAAUUCCUCCAUGAUCCACACUUUGCAGCUCAUAACAGCUAUCACAUCAGCUAAUUCUUGGCCUACCAGCCAAGUUGAGCCACUCUGUGACGUUCUUCUCCUGGCAUCCAAAACUUCAGAUGAGUUCAUUGUCUCUUCUGCCUUUGGUGCAUUUGAUGGUUUGUUCGCCUCAAUGUCCAAUGAUAUUGAUCUCGAGAAAUUCACAGCCAUCUUACAAAUUAUCAUUGAUUUGAAACCUUCAUUGAAUGACACACACAUCGCAGUAGCUUGGCUCGCAGUUAUUGCAAAUGCAUUCCUGGCACUUGCAAAGUUACUGCCUCAAACAGCCGUAUCAAAGGUCCCAUCAAUCUUGCCACUGGUCGCAGAGUUCAUUUCAUCUGAAUCUAAGGAUAUUUAUUCUUCCGCUUCACAAUCAUUUAUUGCCAUAUUGUGUGAAGGUAUCCCUGAUUCUCUUCUCACUAUUCAUGCUGGUCAGGAAGUUUACGAACUCGUGGAUGAUGUGAUCUCGUUUGUUGCUCAAUUUGUUACAGAAGAGCUUUUCUCGAUAAAAUACCAACAUGCUGUGUCCUCUCUGAUUGAAAUUGUUACAGCCGCUGUAAGCAAAUUUGGUAACAGAGCAAACCCCGAUUUCCUUGGAGCACUCGAGGUUGUCGGUAAUUGGAGAACAAACGAGGAAUUCAACUUUCCCCAUAAUAAAAAGGCAGAAGAUUUUAUCGCAACAUGUAUCGCUGCUAUGGGACCAGAAGUUGUGUUAAGCACUUUGCCCUUGAAUUUAACCGAAACAAGUAAAGAGCGUCCUGGAAGAGCGUGGCUUUUGCCUAUUGUCAGAGACAAUGUCCGUCUUGCUAGCUUAAAGUACUACCAGAAUGAGAUUUUGCCGGUUGUUUCCAAAUUCGAGACCCUCAUUAAAAAUUCUCAAGAUCCCAAAUCUAUGCAAUGCAAGGUUUUCCAAACAAUCAUUGAUCAAAUCUGGUCCAUUCUCCCAGGUUUCUGUGAUUUGACCACUGACUUGGAAUCUGCAUUCACAGACGAAUUUGCUGCAUACUUGGCAGACAAACUUUACUCGGAAGUUGGUUUACGUGUGGUCAUUUGUAAGUCCCUCAAAACUCUUAUAGACUCGAAUAUGGUUUACACUGAUGAGGCCACCGAAGUUAGUGCUUACGAAACCGAGAAAUUAUCUAUCGAGGGUGCAAAGCAAAACAUCGCAUUCCUUGCCUCUAAAUCAUCCAACAUUCUCUCUAUGUUGUUUAAUGUCUUUUCUUCAACUGUACCAGAGUCUAGAGGAUUUGUUCUCGAUACUAUUGACGCCUUCUUGAGAAUUGUUCCAGCCGCAGAUUUGGAAAACAGUUUCAACAAGGUCUGCGCAUUAUUGAAACAAGCCAUCGACGAAGAGGGUGAACAACAAUCUAAACUGGAGAACGGUCAGCUUUUGAGCGCCACAAUGAUGGAUCUUGUAGUUGCCAUGGCCAAAUACGUCCCAGAAUCUUCGCUCAACGCACUCUUCAGCAUUCUCGCAACAGCAAUUAAAAUGGAAUCUAAUGCUUUGAUGCAAAAGCGUUCUUACAGAAUCAUCACGAAAUUGAGCGAGACUGAGAGUGGUGUGAACGCUAUCAAGCAAUUCAACCACGAACUCCAGAAAAUCAUUUUGGAAACAGCAGAAACCACAAGUCUGUCUUGCAGGCCCGCAAGAUUGGCUGCAAUGCAAGAGAUUCUUGCAACUGUUUCAUCUGAUGAUCUCAGUUUCAUUCCAUCUAUUUUGCAAGAAGUUAUAAUGUCUACUAAAGAUGUGAAUGAGAAAGCGAGAGAAAUUUCAUACUCUCUUCUUAUUCAAAUGGGAAGAGUCAUGGAGAAGGGAGGUGUCAUACCAAACGCAGGAAUGCUGGAAAACGAAGAUGCUGUUAAACAAGCCAAUUUGACCGAGUAUUUCACAAUGGUUUGUGCUGGCUUGGCAGCUCAAUCGCCUCACAUGAUCUCUGCCGCCAUUACUGCAAUUUCGUGUAUUGUUUACGAGUUCAAGGAUGAAUUGCCACAGGAUGUCUUACUUGAAAUUGUUUCUACCGUUGAAUUGUUCCUUACACACAACUCCAGGGAGAUCGCCAAGGCUGCCAUUGGUUUUGUCAAGGUUGAGAUUUUGGCAUUGCCACAAGACUUAAUUCAAGCCAAUUUGUCGCAGAUGCUUGCUAAGUUGAUGAAGUGGUCUCACGAACACAAGGGUCAUUUCAAGACUAAAGUUAAGCACAUCAUCGAAAGACUUAUCCGUAAGUUCGGCGUGGAGGCAGUUGAAGAAGCAAUUCCAGUCGAGGACAGAAAACUUGUGGCUAACAUCAAGAAGAGUCGUUCGAGAGCUAAGAAGAAGGAGGCUGGUGCUGAAGCUGACAAGGCCAAGAACGAUCCAAAGUUUAUGUCUGCAUUCGAAGAAGCAGUUUACGACUCCGAGUCAGAAGAUGAGGCAGAAGGAAACAACAACGGAGCUUCUAAUGGUAAGGGCCAACCUGAAAAAUUCAUUCUUAAUACAGGCGAUGAGCCUUUGGAUCUUCUUGACCGUCAAGCUCUUGCACAUAUUUCUUCAUCUAAACCAAAGAAAUUUUCCAAGAAGAACAUUAAGGAUCACGAUUUCGCUAUGAAGAAUGGAAAGUUUGUUAUCAACGAGUCUUCCAAGAGCUCUCUCGAAUCCGCCGAGUCCGGUAUCGAUGCUUACUUGGAUGCCGUUAAGCAAGCUCCAGUCAGAGGACAAAAGAACAAGUUGAAGUUCAAGAAGACAAAGGAGGAUGACUGGUCAGACAGCGAAGACGCUCCCGCUGCUACAAGACCAAGCAAAGGGGUUCGGGACUCAAAGUCAAAGGUCCAGAAGCCCAAGCAAAAAUUUAAGGCCAGAAAAAAGCUUUAG